AUAGUAUACGGAGACGCCCGAAGCAUUCCAGGGGAAUCCCGAACAGAAAUGCCCGGAUAUUGACGCCAUUUUGGAGGUAGUGCGGAGCUGUCCAUUGCUUCCUGAUUCGUAACGGGUUUGCAAGUCUACCUUCACAUACAGCUCAACAAUGACGGAGCAACAACUUGAUUGUGCAUUAGAUUUGAUGCGCAGACUUCCACCACAACAGAUAGAAAAGAACCUCAGCGAGCUCAUAGAUUUGGUGCCAGCUUUGUGUGAGGACCUCCUCUCUUCUGUGGACCAGCCCUUAAAGAUUGCCAGAGAUAAGACACUGGGAAAGGACUUCUUGCUGUGUGACUACAACCGUGAUGGGGACUCCUACAGAUCUCCAUGGAGCAACACAUACGACCCGCCCCUUGAUGAUGGCACCAUGCCUUCAGACAGGCUACGGAAGCUGGAGAUAGAAGCUAACAAUGCUUUUGACCAAUUUAGAGAAAUGUACUUCGAGGGUGGAGUUUCUUCAGUGUAUCUAUGGGACCUGGACCAUGGUUUUGCAGGCGUGGUUCUUAUCAAGAAAGCUGGUGAUGGAUCCAAGAAAAUUAAGGGCUGCUGGGAUUCCAUCCACGUCAUAGAAGUUCAGGAAAAAUCCAGUGGAAAAAGUGCCCAUUAUAAACUAACAUCCACCGUGAUGUUGUGGCUACAAACAAACAAGGAGAGCUCAGGGACCAUGAAUCUUGGUGGAAGCCUCACCAGGCAGGUAGAACAAGACGCCUCGGUUAGCGAUGCAUCACCACAUAUUGUCAACAUUGGUAGAUUAGUCGAGGAUAUGGAGAACAAGAUUAGAAACACAUUGAAUGAAAUUUAUUUCGGAAAAACAAGGGACAUUGUGAAUGGUGUUCGAUCUAUUAUGCCAAUUCCAGACCAGGGACAACAGGAGGCAUUAAAGAACGAUUUGAUGGCGGCAUUGUCGAAGAGGCCACAAGCCCAGUGAUAGAGGCGUCUUUCAGUGUAUGUGUGACAAAUCUAACCCUGACCUGGCCCACGCUGGGACUCUCACUUCGACACACUUCGACACACUUGCCACAGACAAAAUAACCAUUCAUAAAGUUUUCUCAACUUUCAUAAAUCUUGGCUUUUGAAGAGGGUGCAAUCGUGUUCUUUCUGUAAAUGAAAUUUGAUAAGUUUUUCUUUCUGUACAAAGAUUUUUAUGUUUGAAAGUUGUGCAUAAGAUGUAUGCAGUUAAUUGUGCAUAAAAUGUUUGCAGUUAAUUGUGAAUUAUGCUUUCAUGUAUGAUCAGUUUGUUUGUUAAUUCUUUAUUUAUUUUUGAAAGAUUUAAAGUGUGCCAAGUACAGUUUCAGAGAAAGAAGUUUACGAAAAAUGUAAAUGUGUAAGAUACUAUGGUGUAAUUUGUAUAGAACAACAACAUAUUUAUUAUUUAAUCAUUGUAGGUCUUCUAAAGUGCAAUAUUUUACUGUUGCAAAAUAUUUUUGGAAUACAGGUACUUAGUACUGUCUGCCAUUACAAUGUGCAAGUUUUGGAAAAACACUUGAGAGCCCAACCUAGGUACAAGGUUCAGUCUGGUAUACUUAAAAUAACACAUUGUUUAUACUGCACCUAAUUUUGUAAAUAUUCAAUGGUAGAUAUCAGGAGCAAUGAUUUCAGUGCUGAAGAGCUUUUUGCACAUUGGUUGGUCAAAGGGAGAUAAUUGGUAUUGACAAGGAGUAAGGAAUAUUGAAGAAUCAUUUGAAGUUCAAACCAUCAUUCCAUCGGGAAUUGUUUUUUCUUCUUUUUUUGUGUAAAUUUGAGCAGAACAUAAACAAAUCACGUAUUUACGUUCACGUCACGUCAUUUGCAUCUUGCACAGAAAAUAUCCAUUUUAUUCUGUUUAAUUAAUAAGAAAAAUAGUAGAUUCCAUUAACUGUAUAUGGUGGAAUCGGUCAUACUGUUGACCGAAGGAUACGAGUGAUAAGGAUGAAAGUAUAGGAGUGAUAACUGUUAAAGUCAGCAUUUUGUCUUCAAGAAUGACAGUAUUAUUCAAAUACCUUAUAUCCGUAACACAAAAGUUACUGCUUCUGCAUACCCUGCUGAGAUAAUAAGAUCAGAUAGUCUGAGAUCAAUGUAACCACAUACUUUCUUGGCAUAUCUUGUCCGAUGGCACCACUCAGCCAAUAUGUGUUCUUAUCUUUCUUACAUGAAUACUGACCAAUCAUGUUAUAGGAUUUAUAUCAGUUUGCGGGAUCACUCGUGAGAAUGUAAAUUGUGCUAUUAACCUGUUCGACAGUUAAUGCAGGUUUUCAACACGUACUCGCUGGACAACGUGCAUCCCAAAACUGAUUAAAUGUACCAGUUCAAUUUCUAAUUUUAUGUUAUGGGUGCUCAGCAUGUCUGCAUUUCCAGAUUCAAACAAUUUACGUUUUUACAAAGACUGGUUCAUUCCAUUGCACUUGAUUCAUGAUUUUUCAGUUCAAGUGGUAUUGCCACAAUCCUUCUUGACCCAUUAAAGAUACAUAAAAGUUAUUCACUCUCUGCAACACUGUCCCUUCAAAAAUCUUCCCAAUCUCUAUUACAGAACAAAAGUGAAUUUUCUAACCUAGCCCAAAAGUGCAGUGGUUUUUUAAUUCAGUUAACAAUUUUUAUGAGAUUGAAAUCUUCCCUUCUUGCAUCAAAAUGUUGUGUGGCCUCUUCAAUGCCCAGUCUCACACAGAACAAUGUAUGUAUUGGUUCUUGAUUAUCUGAAUUAUUAUGGAAUAUGUAAAUUUUUUAUUAUGUUAGAAAUUAACAUAAAUGAAAGAAAUGCUCCUGUAGGUAAAUGCUAUUUUAGCUGCUACUUGAAAAUUUCAUAGCUUCAUAACUGAAUAAAUGCAUAUACCAUUUUCA